AUGGACGGGAACCCUUUCAACGCAGGCGCUCCUGGCGCUGAGGAAGUCGAUCUCUAUGAACUUCUCGAGAUCGACAGAACUGCCACACCUGAUCAGAUCAAGAAGGCUUAUCGCAAGGCCGCCCUAAAGUACCACCCAGACAAGGUCGCUGAAGAGCAUCGAGAAGAAUCCGAAGCCAAGUUCAAGGAAGUCACGCACGCCUACGAAAUUCUCAGCGAUGAGCAGAAGCGCGAGCUCUACGAUGUCCACGGAAUGGCCGCCUUCGACAAGUCCCGAGGCGGCCCCGGUGGCCCUGAGGUCGACCUCAACGAUAUCCUCUCCCAAAUGUUUGGCUUUGGCAUGGGUCCCGGAGGCCCUGGUGGCCCUGGAGGUCCCGGCGGCGCUCGCCGACCCAGACGUGGUCCUGAUGAGGAGCAAGAGUACAAAGUGACGCUCGAGGAGCUUUACCGUGGUAAGACUGUCAAGUUUGCUGCCAACAAGCAGGUACUUUGUGGCCAGUGCAAGGGCUCCGGCGGCAAAGAGAAGUCCAAGUCUUCUUCCUGCGAGCGCUGCAAGGGUAAUGGUAUCGUUGAGGCCUUCCGCCAGAUAGGGCCUGGUAUGAUGCGCCGUGAGACCGUUAUUUGCGAUCACUGCCAGGGUGCUGGCCAGGUCUUCAAAGAGAAGGACCGGUGCAAGAAGUGCAAGGGCAAGCGAACAACACAGGAGAAGAAGGUUCUCGAGAUUUACAUCCCCAGAGGCUCGAUGCAGGGCGAGCGUAUCGUCCUGGAGGGUGAAGCCGACCAGUAUCCGGACCAAACGCCUGGCGAUAUUGUCUUCACACUUGUGGAAGAACCCCAUGAUGUCUUCACUCGCAUUGGACAUGAUCUGUCUGCUGAACUAACUGUAUCUCUUGGAGAGGCUCUAUCAGGAUUCUCACGAACAGUAUUCAAGCAUCUCGAUGGACGUGGCAUUCACAUCGAGCGGCCUCAAGGCAAGAUCCUACGACCAGGUGACUGCCUCAAGGUUCCCGGCGAGGGCAUGCCUAUGAAGCGUGGCGAGACCAAGGGUGACCUCUACUUGAUUGUCAAGGUGGAGUUCCCUGAGGAUGGCUGGUUGAAGAGCGAAUCGGAGUAUGAGACACUGCAAAAAAUGCUGCCCCCUCCCCCUGCGAACAUUGAAGCCGAGGAAGUCGACGAAGUCGAGUAUGAGGACGAUGCUGACAUCGAGAAGAUGGGUGAGAACUCGGGUGAUGGCCGAUUCGGUGGCGACUGGGAGGACGACGAGGACGAUAUGGGCGAUGGCCAAGCUCAGUGCCAGACCCAGUGA